CGUCACUUAGCACAGCUUCUCGAUCCUUUGCGUAUUGCCAUCUUCAAUUUUUUCUGAACCAGUACACCGUCGCCCAUUGAUGGCCGGUAAUUAUCGAAACGGUGCCGGUCGCUACUUAAAUGCACUCGACCCCGGCACCACAGCCGACGGCACUCUUUCGCCGUAUAGAGUAGAGUAGUUCCAGUCCAACAUCCAAUUCCAAACAGCACGACCGCGAGAGCGGUUGAUCAAUCCGGAGAUCCGAUUCGAUCGGAUCUGGCAGAGGCGCGCGGCGCUCCGUCCUUAUUUGAUGGGGGUGGCGGCCAUGGCCGCCUUCAUGGGAGUCCGAGACGCCAUAUCAACGGGCGCCGGCGGAGUGGCUGCAUCGGUGGCGAUGGCAGCUGGUGGAUCUCCGGACGCUGCCCUGAACUUCGGCGACGGUGCCGUCCUUCCCUACUCGCCGGCCAAGGUGAAGGCUGCCCCUAGGGGCCGCGCAUCCUCGUGGUCCUCCCUUCUCCUCCUCCUCGGCCGCACUCGGAAGCUCGCCAAGGUCCGGCUCCUCCUCGCCGCCGGUGUCCUGCUCGCCCUCGUCCUCCUUGCUAGCCCGGUGGGGCCUCCCAUUGGGUGGAAUCACCAGCCGUCUUCGUCCGCCUCCUCGCCCUCUAGGGAUGGCUACAUGGUGCUUAUUAACACUUGGAGGCGCACUUCUCUUCUCAAGAAAGCUGUGGCGCAUUAUGCAUCGUGUCCAAAAACUGAUGCAAUACAUGUAGUUUGGAGUGAGAAUGACCCACCACCAGAGAGCCUUAAAACCUAUCUCAGAAAUAUUAUAAUGUCACGGUCCAGGAACUCACAAAAGCCUAAACUCCAAUUCGACUUGAAUGAGGAGGAUAAUUUGAAUAAUAGAUUUAAGCCAAUUAACGGUUUAACAAAUGAUGCAAUAUUUUCUGUUGAUGAUGAUCUAUUAGUUCCUUGCUCUACACUGGAAUUUGCAUUCACAGUAUGGCAAACUACCCCAGACACGAUGGUUGGUUUUGUUCCUCGCAUGCACUGGUUGGAUGAGGAGAAGAAUGGUGUGGUUUAUUACAAAUAUGGUGGCUGGUGGUCAGUAUGGUGGACAGGCACUUAUAGUAUGGUUCUUUCAAAAGCAGCAUUUUUCCAUCGGAAGUACUUGGAUAUGUAUACUUACAAGAUGCCAUCAACAAUUCACGAUUAUGUAACAAGAGAAAGGAAUUGUGAGGACAUUGCAAUGUCACUACUUGUUGCUAAUGUCACUCAGGCUCCUCCCAUCUGGGUCAAAGGAAAGAUACAUGAGAUUGGUAGCUAUGGUAUUAGCAGUUUGGCAGGCCAUAACAAAAGGAGGAAUAACUGCCUCAAUGACUUCAUUUCCCUUUACGGAGCUGUUCCUUUAGUUUCAACCAACAUAAAGGCUGUAGAUGCACGAGAAGAAUGGUUCUGGUAAACGAAAGGGAUAGGGUAUGUUAUCAUGGAUAAACAAGGAAUCGUUGCUGCUGGUUGUCCUCCUUGCCGUGUGCAUAGUGUCAAAGCAAAGCAGUUUCUGAAGGACUCAGGAGAGCCAGAAUUGAUGGCCUGAAGAAUCUGUGAGAUCGGAUGCAUUGUAAGUGAUGAACUGACUCAAUGGAAAAUUGGAGUUCAUUGAAGCCACCAGAAGUUCGAUAGUUGAAGACGUUUGAAAUUUGAUAUAUGUUAACAAGAAUGUAAGUAUUUUGGUUCACAACUUUUUGCAAAAUUUGGUAGAAUGGAACCAUUAUUGGCAGUUGAAGUCAGCUUGCUUUUGGUAUCUGGAAA